GCGCGGGGCGGGCGGCGCUCCCCGCCAGCGCAGCGGCAUGAAGGAGCCGUCGCUGCCCGGCACCUCGCUGCAGCGGGCCUGCCGCCUCCUCGUCGCCUUCUGCGUCCUCCACCUCUCGGCCACGCUGCUCUACUACCUGGCGGGCAGCGCCCUGGGGCCGCCGGGCAGACCCGAGCCGCCGCCGCGCCGCCCGCCGGUCGCCAACCUCUCGCUGCCGCUCUCCCGCCCGCCGCCGCCCGCCGCCCGGCCCCGGCCCCCGCCCGCCUCGCCGGCGCCGGGCCCCUGCCCCGAGCCCUCCCCGCUGCUGGUUGGUGCACUACAUGUGGAGUUUUCCCAGCCUGUGAACCUGGAAGAAGUGGUGAGAAUAAACCCAGAAGUCAAAGCAGGAGGUCGUUUUGCUCCAAAGGACUGUAUAGCACUUCAGAAAGUAGCAAUAAUCAUACCAUUCAGGAACCGAGAAGAGCACCUGAAGUACUGGCUCUAUUACCUGCACCCAAUUCUCCAAAGGCAGCAACUAGAUUAUGGAGUGUAUGUUAUCAACCAGGAUGGAGAAGAAGAAUUUAACCGUGCUAAACUGCUGAAUAUAGGAUUCGCAGAGGCCUUGAAAGAGUAUGACUAUGACUGCUUUGUGUUUAGUGACGUAGACCUCAUCCCAAUGGAUGACAGGAACACCUACAAAUGUUACAGCCAGCCACGGCACCUGUCUGUAUCCAUGGAUAAAUUUGGAUUUAGGUUGCCUUACAAUCAGUAUUUUGGAGGUGUGUCUGCCUUGAGCAAAGAGCAGUUCACAAAGAUCAACGGGUUCCCAAACAAUUACUGGGGCUGGGGUGGCGAAGAUGACGACAUUUAUAACAGGCUGGUGUUUAAAGGCAUGGGGAUAUCCCGUCCGGAUGCCAUCAUUGGGAAGUGCAGAAUGAUUCGGCAUUCCCGGGACCGGAAGAACGAACCCAACCCUGAGAGGUUUGACCGAAUUGCUCACACAAGGGAGACAAUGAGCUCUGACGGUUUAAAUACACUAUCCUACAAGGUGUUAAGAACUGACAAGUACCCCCUGUAUACAAAGAUCACAGUGGAUAUUGGCUCACCAAAUAGCUAACAUCACAGACACAAGAGAGACCUUGCCUAUGUUGCCCAGGACAUCUGGCCUCACUGAUGCUUUAUAUCUGCUGGUUUUGUAACAGUUGCAAUGAACAACAAAAAAAAGACUCUUUUGGCAUGCCAAAGCAUCUCAAAAUUGUUUGGACAAGUGAUUUUUUUCUUUCUUUCUUUCUUUUUUUUUUUUUAAACUCCAAACUUGACUUUACGCAACCUUCUAGCUCUCCAUUGUUUUGUAAGUCCAGAAGCUGUACAUAGGAGUUGUAAAUAUUUACUUUGCCAGAAAAUGUUGAAUCUGAUCUAUUUGCUGCAGUGCUCUCCAUGUUGAGUUAAUAGUUGGACCCAAAUUUCACUGAUUACAACUGUGAUGCAUCAGCAAUUACUGCCCAUGAUAUUUGGUAUUUUAAAUGAGGUGGAUGAGAACAUUCCUUCUAAUUAAUUCUGGUUUUACUUUAUGAAGGACUGUAAAAUGCUGCUAAAAUUGUACAAGUUUACGCUUUGCAUUAGAUUUUUUUUUUUUUUAAAUGGAGACAAUAUCAUACUUUUUUUUCUCAUAGUGACCAAAACAAACAUCUUCUCUGUGUGCACAGCAAGUGUUGAACAAUCAAGUCUGGAUUCAAUGAAUGUCAUUAUUUCUUUUAGCCUCAAAGGAGGCUUUGAGUGACUUGAGCCAGAGUUUGCCAGAAUUUGCCAGUGAGCUCUCUGCAGAGGGUGGGAGCUACGCAGAUGGCAUCUGCAAAAACCACUGGCUUCAGAUAACCUUACUUCUGGAUGUGAUAGUGACUUUUUGCCUCAGCACAACAACACCUGGGGUUUUUGGGGGGGGUGGAGGGGGGUGAUUUUGUUUUUUUUCCUGAAAUAAAGAUUAAUUAAUUUAAUUGCACAAUGAAAUUACAGCCUUAAAAUUUGCUGACACUUGUUAACAGUGGUAGAAAGUUAACCAUGCUAUUUAAACAUUGUCUGAAGCUUCCUAAACCCAACAUUUUUCUUGCAAGGUCAUGCUUAAAACUUGAAUUUUUAAGUAAUUUGUAUAUCAUAAGCAGUAUAUUUAAUACCAGAUUAAACUAGGGUGCAGCAUAAUAGGAUAUGAUUCAAGGCCUCCUUUAUCUUCAGAGUAGUAGGCUUUUUAUGUGCGUCAUUAUAUAUAAGCCAUGUAUUAUAUUUGCUCUGUGUAUUUGUCCAUGAAAUCUCCUGCAGUGCUGAGAUAUUCACAGCAGGGCUGACAUCCAAUUGACUUUUCUUUGCCUAAAGCCUGUUGCAAUGUGUGUCCUCUGUCGGGAAACUCCCUUCUGAUUUUCUCAGGCUUUGAGGAACAUGCAUGUUUUGGAGUACUGCUUUUUGUCAGUGCACCAGGGCACCACCUGUACAGACAUCCUGCUUUUCCUUCCCGUGACCAUAUGAAAGCCUCAAGCGCUGACACCCUUGGAGCUGGUUUAAGUGAUUUAAAGCUCUCAGCCAGAACUGAGAACUGAAUUCCUUCUGGUGAGUACUUUGCCACCAGCUCUGACCACAGCAAUUUGCACUUCCUUGGCCUGUGCUGAAGGCUGUUAAAAUCAGGGACGCUCACUGUAUUGGGGAUCAUCUUCAGCACUGCCUCUUUUUUUUUUUUCCUUGUUUUUUGUGUUUGUUUGGUUUGGUUUUUUUGUUGAGACCUGAAGGUUUUGCUGAACCCUUGCACUGCAGGGGUGGGAUCCUGCAGGGGCCAGGGGCCAGUGCAUUUCUUGUUAGGCCAGCAGUGGCUCAAAGUAUGCACGGAGACUUUAGUUAGGGAGCUGCCUCUUCAGUCUCACUUUUUCGACCCCCUUCGCUUAAAAGCUGUUGCUGGCCAGACUUGCUGCUUCAGUCAUGCUGGGAGCUGAGCGAAGGUGGGUGUGCAUGGAGCAGGAGCAAAGCACAAGGAAGCAGGCUUGUGUUUAAGAGCCGCUCUCUUAUGCUUAUCUUUGCAUUAAAAAAUUACUCCUUUUUGGCAGGUCAGGCUCCGGCUCUUGCAGAUGCAAGGGUGUACAAAAAGAGGAUGUGUUACAGAAGUCAGGUCAAAUAUCUACCUGCAAAACAUCGGUGUAGCUGUAGUCUGCACCAGUAAUGGAGACACAGGCGAAGACUUUGUUUUUAAUUUUUUUAUUUUUUCAAAGGUGCCUUAGAAGCAGGGCCCCGCUUCCACAGGUGGCAGAUCAGCACCAAAACUCAUCAAGGCUCUGCUGAAAAUCCCAGGUCUCUGUGGAGAGCACCUCAGUUUUGUGCUGAGCCUUUUGUAAGUUGAAGAGUUACGACCUUCAGCUGUAGUGGUGUCUGUCUGCUAACAGGCUAUGCAAAGGGGCUACGUGUUGCAAUUGAGUGGUUGGUUUGGGGGGAUUUUUCUCCUUGCCUUAGGAUUCUCUGAAGAUUAGAAAAAAGUUCGUGUAACAACUCAUCAUUUGGCUAUAUGUCGAAAUCCUUGAGUAUCAUGGAGGUGGUCUGAGCACUUGUUUCUGGCUGUUGCAAUCAAAGGUUUCUACACAUGUGCCUUGAAAAAGGAGAGAAAUGGAAACUGGAAAACCAGGAAAUCUGAAAACUGUUUUUGGCAGAGAGACACUAGCAGUGCAAGAAACUGUAGCUUAGUUUCUCUUCUGCUGCUAAAGCCACAAGCCAUGUAAAAGCCGAAGCUGGCUUUCAUUGCUUGUUUUGCACUUCGGUGCUGACCCGUGAUUUCCAGAUCUCAUUGUCGCUGUGUAAACUGUAUCGGUCAAACUCAUGAAACGUUCUUGACUCAAUCUGGCCAUGAAAUUUCUCUCCCUGGGAUUUUCGGGGGCCUUUCCUACAAACGCUCGCGUUGCACAGAUGUGAAUUCUGGCCAUGACCUGUGGUGGGUGGUGUUUUUUCCUCUCCUGUACUGGUAGCAACACUCAAAGUGAUACUGUGUGUAACGGUUGAAACCCAGAACAAAUAGCUGCAAAGGAAACGCUAAUGCUUGGUUUCUUUGGGAUUACCGUUUGCUUCUUAGGAUGAGGGAGGGUCCUGACAUGCAGCUUUUCCCCGGGAUGUUAUUUGUGUACUGGACUGCUUAUGGGUUUCCUGUAGAUGGUUUUGCUUUUGCAUUUUUAUCAUUUAUUAUAUCAUGGGAUGUAUAAUCCAAUGUUCCUACUUUACUAUUGAUGUCAAAUAAAGUAUUUUCACUUAUGA